UCGUUCUCCGGUUUUCCGCUGGAAUCGUUUUGUGCCAAUCAAGGAUAAUCAGGCCAGCGUGAGCGUGGGUGGUCUAAAAAGCAAGUAAAGGCCGGCCUUGCUCGAGAAGAAAUUAUUCCAAGUGAAUCGCUAGUGUGUCCUAGAGUCCAAGACAUCCUGCCGAAAUUCGUGCGUGCUCUUUGUGGUUGUGUGCGUGUGCCUGGAAUGGUGCUGUGUGUAUGCAAAAGUGUGUCCUGUCCGCCCGUCGUGCGCACGAGCGCCACACCGCCGCGGCACAACGUGAUUGAAUCGAACCAACGAGAGAGCAACCCACCUUCGGUUUUCGGUCGGUUCGUGGUUUGCUGUACGGUGCUGUGCGGUGCUGUGCUGUGCCUGUGCCUGUGGACAAGUGGGUUAGGAGCUGCUAAACGCGUGGCCACUCUCGGUUCAGGCUAAUCAGGACAGUGGCCAGCCCCGCGUCGUGAGCCCACAAGUGACCAUCGCGACCUCAUCGCUCAUUAAUCUAAUUUAAAACCGCGCACAACAACCUGCCCAUCAAAGCAAGCGUUGACCAGGGCGCACGGUGCGACGGAAACAGUGCAAAGCAGGCAGGCAGUGAUCAGGCAGCAUGAGUAGUGCUUCUUCUUCGACCGCUGCCGCCACCACCGCCGCCGGAAGUAGUGCGGCUAACGGUGCCACCGAACGAUCUGGACCACAAGUCGCGAACGGUGGCCAGCCAGCGGUAGAAGAUGGUAGUGGUCGCGGUAGCGGAAGUGACACUGCUGGCAGUAAUGGCGGUGGCAGUAGUAACCUGGACCAACCCGGAGGUUCGACCUCAGCGAACGCUACGACAACAACGGGGCCAGCGGCAGCAUCGGGUACCACAGCGGCCGUGGUACGCCGGAAAACGAACGUCUGCCUCAUCUGUGGCAUCUAUACCAAUCUGUCUUUUAACAUAUUUGAGCCGCGCAACGGGCCCAACAUCAUCGAUGUCAUCUACGAGAAGUACAAGUUUCGGGCGGAACGGGGCGAUAAUGCCGACAAGCACAUCUGCUUUAGCUGCAACAACUGGCUGAUUAACUGGUACUCGCUUCAGAACACUUCCGGAUCGCGAACCUAUGAGCCCACCCCGUCGACCAGCCGCUCAUCGGACAGCAGCAACAACCGUCACAGCCACAAACGAACCAAACACUCCCGUGGCGGCGGGGGUGCUGGAGAAAACGACAAAGAGAACGCCCGAGGCACUGGAUCACUGCUGCGAUCGAUGCUCGAGCAGCACGAUCAAGUAUCUUCGACAACAGCACCACUCGACGAUUGUGGUGCGAAGCAUUUAAAGGAUGAGUGUACGACCGCGACCUAUGCGUUGCCCUAUGCCAAGCGUAUGUGCCGAGCGAUGGCACCCUCUGCUAGUAGAUACAAUCGAAGGGUAGCGCUGAAGGAAAACCAUUGCCAACCAGCAUCAGCCAACGUCGGUACAUCUCAGGUGUUGCAUCGGAACGCACGAAUGCGGUUCACCAAUCGGGAAGUGGAUGUGGAAUCCGUAGCGGAGGUGACGAGUACCACGUGCGAGGUGGAUCCCUGCACGAUGAUACGGAAGAUGUUCGAAGGUCAGCUGAUCCGUAUGCUCGAGGGUCAAGGUACGAGCGUAACACGCGAGACUAUACCAUUAAACGACGAGGUAACAACCGCUAGAACAAACCAAACGAAUCCACAGCCAGCCCGAUCGCGAGCGCCACGUGCGGCGAUCAUUUCGAACGGAUCCAGUGGAGUGGACGCUAACGGGAAUAUGGACACUCCCGAGAACAUCGAUGUAGUGCUAAGCUUCGAUUCUGCCAUUUCGGAGGUGAUUGGUGCGGUGCCAUCGUUAAAAGAGCCGCAAACGGCGGCUAACAGUGGCUCCUCUUCGGCCUCGUGUGACCACGAGACUUUCCUGCGAACGCUACUCGAUAAUCAUCGGCAGCUGUACGAAGGGCUGACCGUGUCGGUCAUCGGUGGUGAUCGCUUGCAGUAGUUCCAGUCCAAAACCUUCCAAUCACCCCCUAGGCUGUACGCCGUAUUAGUAAAUGUCUGUCGAAAGGAGCACCGCGAUUCAGCCGGUGUUGGACGAUACCAAUCGUGGCGCCGAGGAAACACACUUUAUCAACCUAGCAUGUGUACCAAAUGGGUCCUGAAACCACUUGUUAGAGAGAAGAACGUUGAGUCGAGUUUAGGUUACUGAAGCGAUAUUGUUACGAGUUAGAGAGGCUAGAGGGCAUCCGCAGACGGUUUAUGUGACAUGCGAAACAAAGGGGACAGUAAAACAACUUUACUCUUAACAUUUUAACAGAACAAAGUUAAGUCUGUCCGGUUUAGUUCGAUUAUGCUUCUGCCGGAGGAGUCAUCAGAUAUUUAAUUUUACAUUCCGUUACACUCUUUGACGAUGAAACCGCUUCCAAAUAUUCGUGCGAGUGUGUUUCUGUGAUUUCGCGUUGUUUUAAUUUUUUCGCUUCAGCGCUAGAGAGGACAUUUCGAUCUCAAUUUCCGUGUACCAACUAUCGAACGAAGCUAUUAAACAACGCGUAGACCUGCUUAUAAUGAACAUUAACUUACCGUAUACAGCAUACCCGAAAUUAAGAAAAGACCGAAAGGCGUAGAAAGCAAGUGGGAACAAGUUUUGAGUUUUGAGUACUUUAUUCAUUCCAAACGGCAAUCGUCCUCGUGCAAGUGCUUAUGCCACAACAAGAAGUGUAAAGCAAAAUAGUUAAUAAAUUAUCCAAAUGCAAA